AAAACACUUAAAAAGUGGGUCGCGUAGAUUGAAUCAAUUACAUUUUGUGAUAUAAGCUGUAGGCCUCUGUGAUUAAAAAAAUAUAUAAUCAAUACCGGUAUGUAGCUCUAACGAAUGGAUCAAAGCCUGUAUAUUUCUCCUUCACAGUAUUAUAUAAAGGUGUUACCGAUUAUUAUUAUAAGUUAUAUGUAUAAAUCAAAAUCUUAAAGCCUCAUUACAAUACAUACAAGAAUAGUAAACAGCUGUCAUUAUAAGACCCACCCUAUAUAUGCUAAUGCAGGAACAUUUCAGACUGUUCUCUCCCUUACUGAAGUGUUUUUUUUUUUUUAAAUCAUUCAAUCGGCUUAGCGGGAGUUGACUUCUAUACAAACCUAUUGUAUAACUUUGAAGUGUCAACGAUAUAAAGCCUUUCCUGUCCCACUCCCAACUUUAACUCAUAUUACAUAUUGUCACCAGCGCUACACACUAAUGUAAGGUUAAGUCAAUAGCUAGCUGACAGUCAACUCGCCCAUUAGUUCACAUGGGAUUACUGCCAAAACAGAGACAGGCUGAUUACUGACAUUAUGUAUGUACGUGGAAGUAUAAUGUAAGUAGCCUACUGAAUGUUGAGUCUGGCUCAAGAAUUUCAUUGCACGUGACAAUGUCCACCCAGGAUAAAAAUAGUUUCCACUAUCGCAUGUCAAAGAAAGUAGCAGAACUCACGCAGGUCGUGCACAUGUUAUUCACAAGGAAUCACGAGAAAGAGAUUGAAAUGGUGGCGAUGAAAGAAUCCUAUGAAUAUGAAAUUGAACUAGUCAUCAAAGACGCCAAAAGUCGCAUUGCCAAGCUGGAAAACAAAUUAGCGGAACUAAGUCAAGAAAAACUGUACAUUGCACAUGCUGAGCAAAAUAUUAGCCAAAGAGACUUGGUGAUUGAAGAAAAUGAGACCAAAUGGCGCCAAAUACUAUUAGACAAAGAAACGUGUUUACAAAAUGAAAACAUUAAAAGUCAAAAUCUUCAAGAAACGUUAAACAGCUCAAAUAGAGAAGUAGAAACUCUAAAACAAAGAUUGGCUCAAGAAAUCGCUGCUAAAAGUGAGGAACUCGCACAUAGGGACGAGGAAGUCAAGCAGAUCAUUACUAAGCUUACAGUCGCUGAAAACAGACUGAAUAACAUCCAUCGAACUGAGCAGAGUAUGAUAGAUGAGUUGCAAAGAAACAAUGAGAAGUUGGCAAGUGAAAUAAUUCAGCUUCAAUCUCUACUAAACAAAAGCAAUCAAAACAGUGCGCUAUUAAUAAACAGGAAUAAACAAUUAGAGUCAGAUGUGAAAGAGUUAAAGGCACAGUACAGGAGGCUCUCCAAAGCUUUGAACAAACCCAACAAGGACACAAAAUCUCCAGAUGUCAAUGAAGAACUAGAGAGGCUGAAGAUGGAAGUCCAGCGCUAUCGACUGGAGCUGAGCAACAGGGACAACAACUUUACGAAAAUGUUCUGCGAAAAGCAGCCAGGGUUGGUGACUCAGAGAAGUCCAGAAACACAACAGAAGGGUUUGAUGAGCGUGGUUGUCCCCCCUGGGUAUACAAGAAACACUUCACCAUUUGGAGCUCCACGAGUCAAUUCAUCGACUUUUAGUCUGAGCAAAGAGAGGCCAUCAUUGCUAGGCAGGAAGCUAUCUACAACAAACAGUAUUGCCUGCGAGAGGCUGGACGAUGAGAUCAACGCAUUCAAUUAUGAACAAAUACUCAAUGAUUAUGAACAUCAUUCAACUCAAAUGAGCCAAACUUUAAUCGAGGUCAGGGACAGUGUGAAUAAUGAGCAGGAAACUACAAAUAAUCAAACAAGCAGAAACAAUCACAAACUUCCAUCACUUCACACAGCAAGAGAAUCAAAUCAACUGACAAGGCAUCUUGCCAAGCCUAAAAUAUUCACAAAAUCCUCAUUAUUUGUUAAAUAAAUUAUUUUUACUCUUUA